AUGGACCGUUGUGUUAAUUGUGGCCUAGCGAUUAGUCGCUGUAAUACAAUAGGCAAACGAGUUUUACUUGACCAAGCAACUCUAUCUGUGAUUCGUGAAAGGUGUGCACCUGAACCUGUAAACAACAACGACUAUGCAUGUCAGGCCUGCUGGGACUUAGCUCAAGAGGUGGUCUUAGGUAAACGAUCUAUAGAUGAACCGAGACCAGUAGGUCACUCCACUGUUUGUCUCCGCUGCGAACGUUCGUUGUUAUCACAACGUAUCACUCACCAACUUCAAACUAAUUCACCUCGUGUAUUGAGAAUUUUUAAUGUUAUUCGAGAAUGGAUUAUGCCACAAAUUGUGGCAGAAACCAGUCGCAUAUGCCAUUCUUGUUAG